AUGUUCCCAGAAUCACUAGUGAUCAGAUGCACAGGAACCUCCCUGAAUGUUUAUUCCCUUGGGGUGUUUCCAGCCUCUGGCAUCUCCGAAGUGGCUCAGCUCCGACUGGUGAACGGCCCAAGUCGCUGCGCUGGGAGAGUUGAGGUCCUUCACAACCAGCUGUGGGGAACCGUGUGUGAUGACAGCUGGGACAUAACUCAUGCUGGAGUUGUGUGCAGGCAGCUGGGCUGUGGCACGGCGUUAUCAGCCCCUGGAAGAGCUCGAUUUGGGCAAGGAUCAGACCGUAUCUGGCUGGAUGACAUUCACUGCACAGGGACAGAAGCUGCCCUCUCUAAUUGCAGGACUCGGGCUUGGGGAGACAAUAACUGUAACCAUGGAGAAGAUGCCGGUGUUGUGUGCUCAGACGCCGGCAUCUCAGAAAUGACUCCGCUGCGACUCGUGAACGGUUUGCGUCGCUGCGCUGGGAGAGUCGAGGUGUUUCAUAACAAGAAGUGGGGAACCGUGUGUGAUGAUGGCUGGGACUUACAGGAUGCUGGAGUUGUGUGCAGGCAGCUGAGCUGUGGGAUGGCGCUAUCAGCCCCCAUCAGGGCUCACUUUGGGCGAGGAUCUGACCAUAUUUGGCUGAAUAAUGUCAACUGCACAGGGACAGAAGUUGCCCUCUCCGAUUGCAGGGGUCAGCCUUGGGGACAGAAUAAUUGUACCCAUGGAGAAGAUGCUGGUGUCGAGUGCUCAGACUCAGGCAUUUCAGAAGUGGCUCAGCUCCGAUUGGUGAACGGCCCGAGUCUCUGCGCUGGGAGGGUUGAGGUGCUUCACAACCGUCAGUGGGGAACCGUGUGUGAUGACAGCUGGGACAUAACUGAUGCUGGAGUCGUGUGCAGGCAGCUGGACUGUGGGACAGCACUAUCAGCCCCAGGUGGAGCUCGAUCUGGGCCAGGAUCAGACCGUAUCUGGCUGGAUGAUGUUCACUGCACAGGGACAGAAGCUGCCCUCUCCGAUUGCAGGGCUCGGCCUUGGGGAGAGAAUAACUGUAACCAUAGAGAAGAUGUCGGUGUUGUGUGCUCAGACUCAGACAUUCCAGAGUUGACUUCGCUCCGACUGGUGAACGGUCCAAGUCGCUGUGCUGGGAGGGUCGAGGUGCUUCACAACCAGCUCUGGGGAACUGUGUGUGAUGACGGCUGGGACAUAACUGAUGCUGGAGUCGUGUGCAGGCAGCUGGGCUGUGGGACCGUGUUAUCAGCCCCAGGUGGAGCUCGAUUUGGGCGAGGGUCAGACCGAAUCUGGCUGGAUGACGUUCACUGCACAGGGACAGAAGCUGCCCUCUCCAGUUGCAGGACUCGGCCUUGGGGAGAGAAUAACUGUCACCACGGGGAAGAUGCCGGCGUUGUGUGCUCAGGCUCAAGCAUCUCAGAAGUGGCUCCGCUCCGACUGGUGAAUGGCCCUAGUCGCUGCACUGGGAGAGUCGAGGUGCUUCACAACCUGAAGUGGGGAACCGUGUGUGAUGGCAGCUGGGACUUGUCCGAGGCUGAAGUCGUGUGCAGGCAGCUGGGCUGUGGGACGGCGUUAUCAGCACCACAUGGGGCUUACUUUGGACAAGGAUCUGACCAUGUGUGGCUGGAUGAGGUUCAGUGCACAGGGGCAGAAGCUGCCCUCACCGAAUGCAGGGCUAAGCCUUGGGGAGAGCAUGGCUGUAACCCCGGAGAAGAUGCCGGUGUUGUGUGCUCAGAUCAGGGCCAGCUGAGGUUGCGGCUGACGAGUGGCCCAAGCCCCUGCUCCGGGCGAGUGGAGGUGCUGAUUAACAACACCUGGGGUGCUGUGUGUGAUGCCGGCUGGGGCCUGCUGGAGGCGGGGGUGGUGUGCAAGCAGCUGGGCUGUGGCACGGCAUUGUCAGCCCCAGGGCUUGCUCAGUUCGGCCACGGGGCUGGCGACGUCUGGCUGGAGGGCAUGAGCUGCUCGGGCCAGGAGUCUCUCAUCAGCGAGUGUCAGCUGAGCCGGCUGGGUCCCAGGCUGUGUGGCCGUGGCUCCGAGGCCAGCGUGGUGUGUGCCGGGCAGGCCGGUCCUGGGCUACUUUGCUCUGUGCUCCUCGGCCUGGGUGCCCUCGUGGUGCUGAUCUGUGGUGUCCUGCUCUGCUGGAGGAUGUGUCGGGACAGAGCUGCUGGGAACCCCCCGGGCCACAUGCCCCUGGAGGAGCUGGGGGCUCCAAGGACCCCGGCCCAGCCCCAGGGAGCAGCAAAUUCAAAGCCCCCUGAGGAGCCCGACAGCGAUAUGACCUGGCUGGUGAGGGAAGACGCGGUGCUGUGAGAGCCGCAUGCUGGCUGGGCUGGGCUGGGCUGGGCUCAGCCUACAGUGAGACGGGCCGGUGGGAUCCUGCACAGAGCAGCCCCAUUACCAUCCCCAACUGCCUUGGAAGCCUCGUCUUCUCCAUGCCCCCUCCCCCAAAGCUUUCCCUGGUGCAGGGCCCACGCCCAUCCCUGAGCAGCCUGUGCACAGCCAUGCAGACGGCAUGUGGUGCACCCUGCAGAACCAUUGUCAGGUGCACAGAAACAGCCGGUUCCUUCCCCACAAAGUAACCACCCCCACAUGCAGACGAACUAUGGGGAGAGACUGACUAUGGCUGUCUGUGCCCAAUGUGCCAGGCCCUGUCUGUCUGUGCCUGCUGCUCCAGGCCCUGUCUGUCUUUUUGUGCCCUAUGCCCCCUGAGCUCAGGGUGCUAGGCCCAGUCUUUCUGUGCCCAAUGCACUCUGAGCUUGGGGGCACCAGACCCUGUCUCCCUGUCCAUACCCAAUGCACUCUGAGGUCGGGGCACCAGGCCCAUCUGUCAGUGCAGCAGCCAGCCCAGGCCCCCAGUAACUGAUCGUUACUGUUUCUAGUAUGUAGAUAAGGUGCAGAACUAAGUGCAGCUACAUGAUGGUGCCUUGCUUAUUGGAAAGGAAAGGGCCGGGUUACAGAUCCAGAGAGCUCCCCUCUAACCUUCCCACCACCACCCUGUCCUUUAACUGCAUAAACACCUGGCCGUGCUAUUACACAGCUAGACUCCAGACAGGAGCUGCAUCCAGGCACCAGCCCAGUUCUGCAUUUCACUGCAAUGUGCAGGUCAGCCUAAAUCAUCAUCAUGAUCCCUUCUGGCCUUAACGUCUAUAGCUCUAUGGAAUUGUGUGUAUAAUGAUAAUGUAGCACUAUCAGCAAGUCAUCCUCUUCCUUCACUGGGGGGUGAAAUUAGCAGUGCCCUGGGUGGAUACAAAAUUUGUAUCCGCAUCCGAGCCGCAAUCUGCAAAAAUGAUCCAGGGCUCUCUGUGGCUAUAA